AUGUCCAGAGACUUUAGUAUUGUUAUAUGUGGUGCAGCCCGUGUUGGUAAAAGUACUCUUGUAAAUGCUAUUUGUGGAAGAGAAGUUGCGCGAACAAGUGGUAGUUUAUGUUCUCAAACUGAUCGAAUGGAAAAAUAUAUAAUUAAUAAAACUGAUACUGAAAAUUCCAUUGAAUAUACAAUUACAAUUUAUGAUACUCCAGGUAUUGAAUCAUGGAGUAAAGAUCAUAUUCAAAAUUAUUUUUCGAAAAUAAUGAAUGAAAGUAAACCAUUAUGUAUGAUUUAUUGUGCAUCACCUGGAUCAUUUGCUCGACUUGAUCAAUUACAAUGGCUUGUUGAUACUUGUAUCAAAUCCAACAUCUUUUGUGCUUUAGUUUGUACAAAUAAAUAUUCCGGAGGAUCUCAAAGACGCCAAGAAGUUCUAAAAGAUUUUCAUUCUCUUCUUAUUGGUUAUCAUGGAAUGACACGUGAUGAAUCGAAUAUAAAAUAUUAUGGUAAUGUUGCUCUAUGUACAGCAGUAAAUAGUAUUGUUUAUGAAGAUACAGAAUUAAAUAUAAGAAAAGAAGUUGAAGGAAUUAAUGAACUUAUUUUUGGAAUAUUAAUAUCCUUAAAAGAUGAGAAUAUUGUUGGCUGGUGCUGUACAAUCGCCGAUAAUCAAUCGUUCUGGAUAACUAUGCAAGCGAAAAUUAUCGAAUACUAUGAAUUAGCAAAACCAGUCGCAAUCAAAUUUUGGGAUGAGCAUGGUGACGAAAUUGCAAGAAGUUUAAUUCCAUUAAUUCUUGCUUUAAUCAAACGAAAACUCUAA